UCCUCGACGCCGACGCCGACGCUCUAGCGAAACGUCUGCCCUGCCGACACGAUUUCACCCUAUUAUUCGUGUCACAGAAAACAAGAAAUAUUCGUGUUAUUAAAAUUCAUUUAUAGAGGUGUUAUUUUUAUUACGAAACCGUGUAAAUACAAUGCUAGCUCAUGUCGACUCCGACUUGGCAAAUAGUUCAAGCCUCUGGAGAUGAAACUCUCCAUUACUUUCUGCUUCAUGCUAAUCUUGUAUACCCCUUUGCCUCCUGUUUCUCGAGCCGAACGACUACUCUUCCACAGAAAGUACCAUUCCGACGAUGAUGACGAUCGUAUUGACUAUAACGACUAUGCUGAGGAAGAUUACCUCAAUAACAACGCUUCUGAUGAAAAAGGGCAAUAUGUGGGAUCUCUUUGUGAAUUCACGUGUAGUGCUAAAUUACUUCACGUUUACUGUAAUCCCGUUACUGGAAAAUGUGAUUGUGAGAAAAAAUAUCCUGUUAGACUCCAACCAUAUGCUGGAUGCAGCAAACCCAAACGUCUGGGCGACCAAUGUUACUACAAAGAAACUUGCCAGUAUACGGACCAGCAUUCCUCCUGUAUCCAAGUUCACCAUAAUGCAGUUUGCCAAUGUGAAAAUGGCUACCAUGCCGUAUCUCUUCAGAAACCUUCGAAAAGGACAUUUUGUGCCGAAGAUGUUGUCGUCAUAACAUCAAAUUUUUCUACUUUCGCUGGGGUAAUGUCUGGUAUCGCCAUUUUAUCUGGGCUCAUAUGUUUCGUGUUGCACCUUUUUAAUCAGAACAUGUAUGGAACACGUCAUAAUAGACAUAGGUUUGGAAACGCAAAUUUACCACCUCCGAUUUUAUUUUCCAGUGAUCCGGGAUCGUUACCAUUGCCCAUCCUCGAACGCAGUUCGACGUCCCGUGCCUCUAGCCAGCGCACGUAUGCUAGCAUGCCGUCGCGGCGGUCCAGUAGCGCCCCAGGGUUCCGUACCGGGGCCGGUGUCGGCGUUUAUUCACGAGCAGGGUCACGACGCCCUAGUAUAGCGUCUGUUCAUAGCGUCAGCUCAAUCCGAAGCUAUAGUACUAGGAGAUACGAAAGGGAAAGAAAAGAAAAGGAAGAAAGAGAAAUGGAACGAAGAUUUUCUAAACUAUCUAGUACUAACUCUACGAUACGUGUUGCUCCUACUCCUAGUCCACAUUCCACUGAUGACUUACUUCCAACUUUGGAAGAAGACAGACCGAUUCCACCACUUGCUACCAAAGAGGACUCAACUACAAGUUUUCCUGAAGAAUUUCCUUCAACAUCUAAACAGUAUCCAUAACGAACUGAAUAAUAAAAUGACCUAGGAAAGAACUGAAAAAAAAUUAUUGUUUUUCGCUGUUUUUUGGCCUAUUUAUAUAGCGCAGUGUUAAAUGUAUAUUUGUAAUAUUAUUGUAAUAUUUACGAAAGAUAUGGAUAUCAUGUGAUUAUUCAGUGUUAAGUACAUACAAAAUUUGCCAAAUUGGCGAAGAAAAUGUUGUACUAAAUAAAGAAAAAUGUCUUGUUUAAUUUAUACGUAAACAGUUUCUGCACUGUUUCUUAAUUAUUUGCAUUUAAAGAAAUGUUAAAGCUUUAUUAUUAUGAAAUCCAUAACGUUUACUGUGACGUUACGAUUUAGGCAACCAGGAUUACUGUAAAAAUAUCCCUAUUUAAAUUGAUCUUUAUUUACUUUGUGCAUAAGACCCAAUGACAUAUAUAGAUUAAGACCCCCAAAGAUUUUCUGGUGAAAGUGAAAUAUUGGUUGCCUAUAACGUGGCGUUAGAGCUAAAAGUCUAUUUCCAAACUAAAAAAAAAUAUGCAAAAUAGAGGAUAUGUGCUGUGAAUGUGCUGUAUGUUUUCAUAUUUUUCACAUCCCUUGUAUUAAAUUAAACAAUCCCUUUACACAACAUUAUUUAUCAUAUUUGUUGAUAAAUAAUUAAACAUUUUAAAGAAAGUUUUAUAGGUAUUUAUACUUGUAGUUUUUAACAUACAGGGUUUGUACUAAAAUAAGUUACAUAUCUUUAAUUUUUAACAAUUAUCCUGAUUCCAUUUUAGAUUUCGAUCAAACUUAGUGACAAUCUUAAUAGAAAAUUGUAUCCAAUAAAUUUUAAAACAUGUUAUCUGGUCUCAAACCAAAUUUUUUUAUACAUUAUAAACAGUUCUAAAAUGUAUGAGUUUAUAUUAACAUUAAGUAUUUAUAAAAAAUGCCAAGUAUGUCGAUUUAUUAAAAUUAAGUAAUGUUUAGUAAAAUGCUUACAAGUUAGUUAAUUUACAAAAAUAUUGUUUCUGAUAAUUUAACUGACUGACAGUAUAAAAUGAAAAAAUACGCUUUUUUAAUAUAUACAUACCAGGUGAUCAUAAAUAUUGGAUCAAAAAAAAAAAAUACAGAAUCAAACCAAAAGAUAUAACAAUAGCUAUUAUUUAUUAUUUUUUAAUAUAAAUUCCGAAGUCUGUGUUUUAUUUUGUGUAGGUCUUCUAAUAGUAAUAAUACAUUCCGUAUUUAUGAUUUACUGGAAGAGAGCUUGUUCGUACACUUGGAAAACUAAUUUAUAAAGCAUUUUAAUAUAAGUUCAACAUUGUCGAUGCGCCAAUUUGUAUUGUUUAUUUGUACGAUUUUUAAAUAAUUUAGAACAUGUUAAAUAUUUACAUAUUAUUUAAAACAUAGGAUUGUAAAAUAAAAGCUG